AUGGCUCAUUUUUCUACCCCAGCCAGCGGUCAAACCAGCUGGCACGGCGCGGGAGCCGCCGAAUUUGACCUGAGGAGUGAUACAAUGACAAAGCCCACUCCAUCCAUGCUCAAUGCGAUUUGCCAAACAACCCUCCUGGACGAUGUUUUUGCCGAAGAUCCUACGACCAACGACCUCCACAGCUAUGUUGCCGAAAGAACAGGACACGAGGCCGCUCUCCUGGUACUAUCAGGAACCAUGGGAAAUCAGGUCGCGAUCCGCUCUCACUUGGCUCAACCCCCGCAUUCCGUCCUGUGCGACCAUCGAGCUCACAUCAUUUGCUACGAGGCGGGUGGUGUGAGCGCUUGGACUGGAGCCACGGUCCAAACCGUUGUGCCGAAGAAUGGCAUACACCUGACUUUGGAGGAUAUCCAGAAGCAUGCUGUGCUUGAUGAUGACAUCCACCACUGUCCCACCAAGUUGAUCAGCUUGGAGAAUACGCUCGAUGGCAUGAUUAUGCCCUUGACCGAGGCUCGUCGCAUUGUCGAGUGGGCGCAUGCUAAUGAUAUCAAGGUUCACUUGGAUGGCGCAAGACUAUGGGAGGCUGUUGUGUCUGGCGCUGGUAGUUUAUCCGACUACACCAGUCUGUUCGACAGUGUUAGCCUGUGCUUCUCUAAGGGAUUGGGUGCGCCAAUCGGCAGCAUUAUUGUUGGCUCGUCAGCUUUUAUCAAGAAGGCUCGUUGGUUCCGCAAGUCUAUUGGUGGUGGUGCUCGUCAGACGGGUGUGUUUGCCGCCGCCGCCAGGAUAGCCUUGGACGAAACGUUCGGAACAGAUCCCCAUGGCAAGACCGGUCAUCUUCUGGCCACCCACGCCAAGGCCAAGCAAGUCGCAGAGAUGUGGACCAGCCGUGGGGGCAAGCUGGAGAACCCUGUGCACACUAAUAUGGUAUGGCUUGAUCUAGAAGCCUCUGGGCUGGGGCCCAAUGAUCUUGCUGUGAUCGGCGAGGAGAAAGGUUUGAAGCUAAUGGGAGGACGGGUGGUGAUCCACUACCAGGUGUCAGAUGAGGCUAUCUCGCGCCUGGAGCAGGUGUUUGACACCGCGAUGCAGGGGAAGUUUCAACGCAGCGAAGACCAGAGCCAACCUUAUGGCAGUAGUAAAAAGUGA